AUGGAGCAAGAUCAUCAUCUUACUUGUGGUCACAGACCCAGCUUUAUUAUCUUCUCUCUGUUGUUUCUAAUAGUUUCAAGCUGGACCCAGGAGGGAUUUGUUACUGAAGGUAGAAAAACUCUGAAACAGAAUGGUUCUGAGGAGGUGGUACUUAGUGAGGAUGAUACAAGUGUGAGAGCGAGGAUAGGUUCGAGGCCACCGAAAUGUGAGGGAAGGUGUAGCUGGUGUGGUCACUGUGAGGCUAUCCAGGUACCUACGAAUCCCCAGGUCCAGAAGGAGAAGAUGAACACUUCAAUUGCUGCUUAUGGAAGAGGAGAUGAGAGUACAACUUCAAACUACAAGCCAAUGAGUUGGAAGUGCAAGUGUGGGAAUCUCAUUUUCAACCCUUGAUGAUUUCAGUCCUUACCAGUACCAAAAUUUAGAUCCUUAUAUAACUACACCAAUCGAUUGGUCCAUAUAUUUUGUAUGUGAAUAGAUAUUUUCACUUUUUCAGUUAUUCUUUUCUCCUUGCAUGGAUCCUUUUCACCUUUUCUAUAUAGGCA